UUAAAGGAGGACUAUGAAGGUGAAGCCAUUGAGGCCUAAGACUUUAUCUUGAUUUCUUCGAUUCCUUGGAUAUGUUUACCCCCUCCCCACACUGGGUCCUUGUAGCUGCUUAGACUGAACCUACUGGCCCUUCUCUUGCUGGAAAGUUGCCCUCCAAGAAGUGCAGGAGAUCAGAUUGCACCUGCUAAGUGUUAAGACCAGACUCAGCCAUGCUACCAAAUCAUUCUGCAACAAGGCCAGCUUCACACUGCCUGAGCAGACCUUUCUGUUCUGCCAAAGGCAGCUGAAGCAGGGAAAACGGAUCCGCAAAGAGAUCUGGGCCAGGCGCAGUGGCUCACUCCUCUAACCCCAGCACUUUGAGAGACCAAGAUGGGAGGAUCACUUGAGGCCAGGAGUUCAAGACCAGCCUGGGCAACAAAAUGAGACCCCAUUUCUACAAAAAAUAAGAUUAAAAAAAAUUAAUCAGGGGUGGCAGCAACUAUGGUCCCAACUCUUGAGAUGCUAAAGCGGGAGAAUCGCUUGAGCCCAGGAGUUUGAGGUGUGAUAGCACCACUGCAUUCCAGCCUGGAAGACAGAGUGAGACCCUAUCUCGAAAAAAGUAAAUAAAGGAAUCUGAACUUGAAGAAUGGACCAAAAAAGAAUCUUAUGGCAAGGGCCUUAUAUGACAAUGUCCCAGAGUGUGCCGAGGAACUGGCCUUUCGCAAGGGAGACAUCCUGACCGUCAUAGAGCAGAACACAGGAGGACUGGAAGGAUGGUGGCUGUGCUCCUUACACGGUCGACAAGGCAUUGUCCCAGGCAACCGGGUAAAGCUUCUGAUUGGUCCCGUGCAGGAGACCACCUCCACUCACGACCAGCCUGCCUCUGGACUGAUGCAGCAGACCUUUGGCCAACAGAAGCUCUAUCAAGUGCCAAACCCGCAGGCUGCUCCCCGAGACACCAUCUACCAAGUGCCACCUUCCUACCAAAAUCAGGGAAUUUACCAAGUCCCCACUGGCCAUGGCACCCAAGAACAAGAGGUAUAUCAGGUGCCACCAUCAGUGCAGAGAAGCAUUGGGGGAACCAGUGGGCCCCAUGUGGGUAAAAAGGUGAUAACCCCCGUAAGGACAGGCCAUGGCUACGUAUACGAGUACCCAUCCAGAUACCAAAAGGACGUCUACGAUAUCCCUCCUUCCCAUACCACUCAAGGGGUAUACGACAUCCCUCCCUCAUCAGUGAAAGGCCCUGUGUUUUCAGUUCCAGUGGGAGAGAUAAAACCUCAAGGGGUGUAUGACAUCCCGCCUACAAAAGGGGUAUAUGCCAUUCCACCCUCUGCUUGCCGGGAUGAAGCAGGGCUUAGGGGAAAGGACUAUGACUUCCCCCCUCCCAUGAGACAAGCUGGAAGGGCAGACCUCAGACCUGAGGGGGUUUAUGACAUUCCCCCAACCAGCGCCAAGCCAGCAGGAAAGGACCUUCAUGUAAAAUACAACUGUGACAUUCCAGGAGCUGCAGAACCCGUAGCUCGACGGCACCAGAGCCUGUCCCCGAAUCACCCACCCCCGCAACUGGGACAGUCCGUGGGCUCUCACAACGACGCGUAUGACGUCCCCCGAGGCGUUCAGUUUCUUGAGCCACCAGCAGAAACCAGUGAGAAACCAAACCCCCAAGAAAGGGAUGGUGUUUAUGAUGUCCCUCUGCAUAACCCGCCGGACGCUAAAGGCUCUCGGGACUUGGUGGAUGGGAUCAACCGAUUGUCUUUCUCCAGUACAGGCAGCACCCGGAGUAACAUGUCCACGUCUUCCACCUCCUCCAAGGAGUCCUCACUGUCAGCCUCCCCAGCUCAGGACAAAAGGCUCUUACUGGAUCCAGACACAGCUAUCGAGAGACUUCAGCGGCUUCAGCAGGCCCUGGAGAUGGGUGUCUCCAGCCUAAUGGCACUGGUCACCACCGACUGGCGGUGUUACGGAUAUAUGGAAAGACACAUCAACGAGAUACGCACGGCGGUGGACAAGGUGGAGCUGUUCCUGAAGGAGUACCUCCACUUUGUUAAGGGAGCUGCUGCAAAUGCCGCCUGCCUCCCGGAACUCGUCCUCCACAACAAGAUGAAGCGGGAGCUGCAACGAGUCGAAGAUUCCCACCAGAUCCUGAGUCAAACCAGCCACGACUUAAAUGAGUGCAGCUGGUCCCUGAAUAUCUUGGCCGUCAACAAGCCCCAGAACAAGUGUGACGAUCUGGACCGGUUUGUGAUGGUGGCAAAGACGGUGCCCGAUGACGCCAAGCAGCUCACUACAACCAUCAACACCAACGCAGAGGCCCUCUUCAGACCCGGCCCUGGCAGCCUGCAUCUGAAGAACGGGCCGGAGAGCAUCAUGAACUCAACGGAGUACCCACACGGUGGCUCCCAGGGGCAGCUGCUGCAUCCUGGUGACCACAAGGCCCAGGCCCACAACAAGGCACUGCCCCCAGGCCUGAGCAAGGAGCAGGCCCCUGACUGUAGCAGCAGUGAUGGUUCUGAGAGGAGCUGGAUGGAUGACUACGAUUAUGUCCACCUACAGGGUAAGGAGGAGUUUGAGAGGCAACAGAAAGAGCUAUUGGAAAAAGAGAAUAUCAUGAAACAGAACAAGAUGCAGCUGGAACAUCAUCAGCUGAGCCAGUUCCAGCUGUUGGAACAAGAGAUUACAAAGCCCGUGGAGAAUGACAUCUCGAAGUGGAAGCCCUCUCAGAGCCUACCCACCACAAACGGCGGCGUGAGUGCGCAGGAUCGACAGUUGCUGUGCUUCUACUAUGACCAAUGUGAGACCCAUUUCAUUUCCCUUCUCAACGCCAUUGACGCGCUCUUCAGUUGUGUCAGCUCAGCCCAGCCCCCGCGAAUCUUCGUGGCACACAGCAAGUUUGUCAUCCUUAGUGCACACAAACUGGUGUUCAUUGGAGACACGCUGACACGGCAGGUGACUGCCCAGGACAUUCGCAACAAAGUGAUGAACUCCAGCAACCAGCUCUGCGAGCAGCUCAAGACUAUAGUCAUGGCGACCAAGAUGGCCGCCCUCCAUUACCCCAGUACCACAGCCCUGCAGGAAAUGGUGCACCAAGUGACAGACCUUUCUAGAAAUGCCCAGCUGUUCAAGCGCUCUUUGCUGGAGAUGGCAACGUUCUGAGAAGAAAAAAAGAGGAAGGGGACUGCGUUAAUGGUUACUAAGGAAAACUGGAAAUACUAUCUGGUUUUUGUAAAUUAUCUAUUUUUGUAGAUAUUUUAUAUGAAAAUGGAAUAUUUUAACAUUUUAAGGGUUAGACAACUUUCAGAAAUUCAGGGAGCUGGAGAGGGAAAUCUUUUUUUCCCCCCUGAGUGGUUCUUAUGUAUACAUAGAAGUAUCUAAGACAUAAACUGUACAGAGACUUGUCCACGUGCUUUUGUAUGCCUGUGUAUUCAUGUUUGUUUGUAGAUGUUUGUCUGAUGCAUUUCAUUAAAAAAAAAAAAAUGAAUUAAGAAGCACCUUAGUAAGCACCUUCUAAUGCUGCAUUUUUUGUUGUUGUUAAAAACAUACCAGCCGGUUAUAAUAUUGUUCUCCAUGUCCUUGUGAUUCUGAGCCUGGCACUCCCAAAUCUGAGAAGUAUAGUAUAUUUGCAAAUGUUCACCUUCCAAAUCAUGAGACAUAGCACGACUUAUUCUUGUUUUGAAAACUCUUUUCAAAAUUGAUCAUCUUAAACACAUGAUGGCCAAGUGCCCAAAAGCCCUUUUGCAGAGCCAAUUUCAGAAUAUAUAUGUGAAUCCAAGCUCUGAUAGUUCAGGUGCUGGAGGGAGGAGAGACCUGUGUGUUUAGAGGCCAGGACCACAGUUAGGAUUGGAUUGUUUUAAUACUGAGAGACAGCUACAAUAAAACGAGGGCAAUUGCCUCCCUGGGGCUGUUCGAUCUUCUGCAUUUGUGAGUGAUUCAGUCAUGAGGUUUUCCAAAAGAUGUUUUUAGAGUUGUAAAAACCAUAUUUGCAGCAAGGAUUCACAAAGGCGUUAUCAGACUAUGAUUGUUCACCAAAACAGGGGAAUGCUUUGAUCCGCCAGUUACAAGAAGAGGCCUUUCUGACUUAAUAUUCACUGUGGUGCUACUACCCCCAUUACCUGAGGGAAACUGGCCAGGUCCUUGAUCAUGGAACUACAGAGCUACCAGGAUGUAUCCUGCUGUCUAAGGGAAUUUAUUGCUGUCUUGCACCUUCUUUAAAACUCACAUAUGCAGACCUGACACUCAAGAGUGGCUAGCUACACAGCGUCCAUCUAAUUUUUACAAUUUCCUGUGGCCGAUUUGUAUAACCCCUACCACUAUCUCACAGGUAGUCAAAGCAUCCAUUCUAUAGUCUGUCUCCUCACACCUGUUAGUAUUGACACAGCACAAACACCACAAGCCAUCAUGUUCUUCAUGGGGCAAGCGAAAUACUUCUACCCCAUGGGUAAACGUAUUUACAUAUUACCAAGAGAAAAAGCACAUUAUCUAUGAUCUUUUGGUCCAAUUCUUAUUUAGCAUUUUUAUUCCAGCCUAUUUGGAAACAUGUUUUUAUUCGCAAUAUAUGCCUGACUGAAUUAAGCUUGCUUGUUUUAAACAACCAAAUCAUUGGAACAGAAAAGGAUUUAAAAAACAAGAAUGCAUCUCAGAGUGAUUUAAAAAAAAAAAAAUCAGUGGAAAUAAGUGAUCAUAGCAGGUGCUUUUCAAAACCACUGCUAUUACAAUUCUCAAAGUCCUACUCUGCCAAAAGAAGAUUAAAAGUCAUAAGUGACACACAAGGAAAUGUUUAUGUGGGAAGAGGGUUGCUGAAAAUCAACAACACUUGAAGUUUAAAAGUGCAUCUUUGUAGAUUUCAUUGUAUAAUGUGUAUUUCUUAGGAGAUGGCUGACUCGAUUGAUCUACGCUAAGUAGAGACAUUUCACAUUUUUAAAACCAAAAUGUUCAAUCUGUAUUACUCUUUGCCAUCUUGUAUGUAGAGGCUAUUUUUAAAUCAUUAAAUUUUUAGAUCUCUGUUUUCAUA